AUGCACGGGAACAUCGUCAACAGCUGGGCCGCACCAACAAACAAGCCGAUCAAGCGUACCCGCAAUGGCAUCGUGGAGGAAGUCACCGGCGUCCACUAUCCCAUCGCGCCACCUCCUCCCAAGUUGAAGUGCCUGUACUGCCCGAAGACCUUUGCGUCCGAACGAGGUCGAUCGCUACACUGUAGUGCCGUGCACCCAGCUCCUCUUCGGCAUCUUGGACGAGGUCUCAGGCGUGCCCUCGCGACGGGUGGGACCAUGACGACUCCACCUUGGCACGGGUAUUCGGGCAGGUGUUUUAAUGUCGUCUUUCACCACUCAGAGGGAGGCGGGCACACCACUGCGGCGGGCCAGAAAAUGUACCACGUGCGAGGGAGCUGUUCGUUUGAGCUGCAGCCAAGGACCCAAGGCGAUGGUACAUCAGGCUUGCCAGAUAACGGCUUUUUUUCGGACGAAGACCGUACCAAGCGGAAGAAAACACGAGGGGGCUGAGAAGAGGACGAAGUACAGCAACAGGAAGAAGGCUGCGGUGGUCGCGGAGCUGCGAAAGCUGGAGACCGAUCACGCCGAAAGAUCUGGCAUGUUCACGGCGUGUAGUGCCAGCCGUUCCUGGCAAGGAAGACCGACAUUCCCCAACCCAACAUCUGCAAGUGGAACGGUGACGCCGAGAAGCUGAUCGCAGCCGCGGCCAAUGACUUGAAGAAAGACCUUUUCAAGACUGGCAGGGAGAGGAGGUGGUUCGGAGACGCAGAGAAGAAGCUGCACUCGCUGCUGCU